AGCGCUACAGAGCGAGCAGGUGGCUGUUGCAACUUUACCAUUUUCUCUCAGAGAGGGAGUGUGGGGAGAGAGAGAGAGAGAGUGAGAGACAGCGAGCAUAUGCGUGUUGCUAGACCGCUGCUGUAAGGAUGCGCUGUCAUCCUUAGAAAAGAUCCACUAGUCUGUUGACACAUUGGCGGGAUGCUUCAACUGCACAUGGACAUGACAUUCUAAGACGCGCUUCCAGUUUCAACAGUGAACGCGCUGCUAAUUAAAACUAGCAACAAGAGGAACAGCAAUAAUGAGCUCUCUCCCAAAGAGCGAAUCUACGACCUCCCUCCUGAAAUCUUCAGCGGCGAGCCGUAAGUCUGCACACCGCUCUGAACAUGCUGGAAGCGGCCGCCGCAGCAACCAUCGCCCCGCCGCUCAGCGAGGCAGCAGCACUGCAGAGGAGACGUGCUGGCCGGCUGAGUGCGACGCUAGCGCCCGUAGACCCUUAUGUCACCCCCGACUCACCAGCAACCGGAGUAGCGGAACGAAACGAGGGACUAAGAGCCAGUCCCACCAUCCACACGCCCACCUCGCCCCUGGAUACGGCCAGGAAGAACUGCCGGAGAGACAGGGGGUCGGGCGGGGAGGAAGGGAGCGGAGCAAACAGUCCAGACACCCACAUCAUCACUCUCACCACCAGAAAACCGCUCGAGACGAUAUGCUUCCAGACCAUCACUACGGAAACCCCCAUCCAGCCCGGGUCCCCUCACCGACACACUCUCUCUCCAAGCGCGCCGACGAUGCUGCGUUCUUCUUCGAGUCAAGGGAUCAUACCAGAGCCAGUUCAUCGCUCAGCCUUGCCUCCGACCCUCCCGCUAGCCUGCCUUCCCCUGCUUCGUCUUCGCCGCUUCCCGCAUCCUCUAGUCGGUCCUCCGGCCGCUCCGGAAGAUCCAGUACGGCUUCCUCUGAGCCUGACUCCAGCCUGCACCCCAUCCUCAGCUCAGUCUUCGGACAGGACAGAGAACUGAGGCCAGAAGAGAUUGAUGAGCUGCGUGAGGCUUUUAAGGAGUUCGACAAGGACAAAGAUGGAUUCAUCGGCUGUAAAGACCUGGGCAACUGCAUGAGAACCAUGGGUUACAUGCCAACAGAAAUGGAGCUGAUAGAACUGAGCCAGCAGAUCAACAUGAACCUGGGGGGUCACGUGGAUUUCGAUGACUUUGUGGAACUGAUGGGACCCAAACUUCUGGCUGAAACUGCGGACAUGAUUGGUGUGAAGGAACUGAGGGACGCUUUCAAAGAGUUUGACACCAAUGGUGACGGACAGAUCAGCACAGCAGAGCUAAGAGAAGCCAUGAAGAAAUUGUUAGGACAACAGGUUGGUCACAGAGACUUAGAGGACAUUUUGAGGGACAUUGACCUGAAUGGAGAUGGCCAUGUAGACUUUGAAGAGUUUGUCCGAAUGAUGUCCCGCUGAAAGACAAGGACGUGGCCAUUUGCACUGGAUGUCAGCUGCCGUUCCUGCCCCUGUAAACGAGUGAGGAAGAGGGGAGUGAGAGAGGAAGAGGAGAGAGCGAGAACACUAAGCCUGCGCUGAGCCACCUUUCCUGACGAGAACUGGAAACUAAAUCCUGACCUCUGACCUCUGAACUCUCAACUACACACUACAAAAAAAAAAAGAUCAUCAGAGCUCCCUCCUCAAAAUGUCCCCUACCCAACCAGACGCCCUGACUGACAGACUGACAGUUUGAGCACUUUCAACCCCC